AACUUUCACUUUAGUUUCUUCACAAGUCACUUCCUUGUGUGUCUGACUGAUUCUCUCUGCCUGCCUCUCCUCAGACUGACGAUGGCUGAAGCCCCGCUGUUUGUGUCACAGGACGAGUUCACUUGCUCGAUGUGUCUGGACACCUUGACUGACCCCAUCUCUAUCCCCUGUGGUCACAGUUUCUGUCUGAAGUGCCUAAUGGACUGCUGGGAUCAGAGCCAAGAGUGCAGCUGUCCUCAGUGCAGACACACCUUCACCACAAGGCAUGAGCUGAACAGAAACACUAUGCUGAAUGAAGUCUUCAAGAAAUUAAAGAAGACUACUCUCAGUUUUCCUCCUCAUCAGAAUUAUGUUGGCCCUGGUGAUGUGGAGUGUGACUUCUGUACUGGUAAGAAGUUCAGAGCCGUGAAGUCCUGUCUCACCUGCCCGGCCUCCUACUGUCAGACUCACCUGCAGCCUCACUAUGAAGGAGACGCCCUGAAGCACCACAAGCUGGUUGAUCCUGAUAGAAAUCUGAAGGAGAAACUCUGUGAGAAACAUCAGAAAAGUCUGGAGAUAUUCUGUAAAACUGAUGAUUCCUGUAUCUGCAUGAUGUGUGUGGUGAUUGAACAUAAUGGGCAUAAAAUGGUCGAGCUGGAGACAGAAAGAGAAGAAAAGCAGAAACAGCUGGGGGAGACACUGAGUGACAUCAAGAGGGGACUUGUGGAGAGAGAGAAGACACUGAAGGAGACGAGGAGGGCGAUGGAGGAGAUGAAGAUGUCUGUGGUAAGAGAGGUGGAAGAAAAUGAGAAGACCUUCACUGCUCUGUUACGAUGCAUUGAGGAAGUCCACAGGAAACUGACUGAGAAGAUCAGAGAACAAGAAAAGAGAGAAACGGAGAAGGCUGAAGGAGUCAUGGAGAAACUGGAGAAGGAGAUCAAGGAUUUGAAGAGGAGAGAAGCUGAGCUGAAAGAGCUUUCAGAGAACAAGGACCAUCUGCACUUCCUGCAGACUUUCUCAUCUUGCUGUGUCCUUCCUGCUGAUGGAGACUCGCUGAGCUUCACUGUCACCGCUGAUUUCUCAUCUGAGGACCUGAGAAAGGAGCUGUCAGGUCUGACAAAGAGUCUGGAGAAGAUCAGCCAGGGGGACAUCAUGAUAAAGACUCCAUCAGCUCAUGAAGCUCCAGUUCUCGCCCUCCAGCCUCCUGAACCUCAGAGCAGAGACGACUUUUUAAAAUACUUCUGUCCCCUCACACUGGACAUCAACUCGGCACACAGAGUCCUCCGUCUGUCUAAAUGGAACAAGAAGGUGACACGUGAGGGGACAGUGACUGAAUAUCCUGAUCAUCCUGACAGAUUUCACUGGUGUCCUCAAGUUCUGUGCAGAGAGGCUCUGACUGGGACUCGCUGUUACUGGGAGGUGGAGUGCAGUGGAGACUUCAUAGCGAUUGGAGUCGCAUAUAAAGGACUGAGAAGGAAAGGAGGCUGGGAGUGCCGUAUUGGAAACAACGACAUGUCCUGGUGUUUGUGGUGUUAUCAUUCCCAGUACUCUGUGUGGCACAAUGACAAGAGGACUGUAAUCAGCGCCCCCUACAGCCCCAGAAUAGGUGUGUAUCUGGACUGGCCUGCUGGCUCUCUGUCAUUUUAUAGCGUCUCACACACAAUGACCCUCCUGCACAGGUUCAACAUCUCCUUCACUGAGCCCCUCUAUCCAGGGUUUUAUCUUGAUCUUCAAUCCAGUGUAACAAUCAGCCAUCUGACACCAUGUGACCACUGACCAGUACCCUCCACCGGUCACUUGAUGUCCCCACAAACUCAGGUGUCUUUGUGUUUGCAGUUUGGGGUCAAAAUUAAUUUUACACUAUAG